AAACCUUUCGUCUCUACAAUUCUAUAUUUCUACACACGUGAUCAAAGAUGCUUCACAACUCUGGUGAACUCUGCUAUCUUGGGAUGUCCAAAGCAAAACUCUGUGUCCUUUUGGGCUGCUUCUACUUGUCUUCAGCGCUUGUUGGAGCACAAAGUUCCAAAACUCAUCCAGAUGAAGUGAGCGCAUUGCAAACCAUCAAGAAAAGUUUGAUUGAUCCCAAGAAAAAUUUGGCUAAUUGGAAUCGAGGAGAUCCAUGCACAUCCAAUUGGACUGGAGUUUUAUGCUCUAAUACAACCCUAGAUGAUGGCUAUCUGCAUGUCACAGAAUUGCUCUUGAAUGGGAACCAAUUGACAGGUUCUUUGCCUGAUGAGCUUGGCUAUCUGCCGAAUUUAAAAGUUCUUCAAAUUGACGAGAAUAGCAUAUCCGGACCAAUACCUACAUCAUUUGCAUACUUAAACAAAACAAAGCAUUUGAGUCUCAGGAACUGCAACUUGCAAGGAUCAAUCCCUGAUCUAAGCGGAAUACCCAACCUUGGUUAUCUGGAACUGAGCUCAAACCAGCUAAGUGGACCCAUACCUACAAAUAAGCUCUCCAAGAAUAUCACAACCAUUAAUUUAUCCAACAAUAAUCUUACUGGAAGCAUUCCUGCCAACUUUUAUGGUCUACGUACCUCUUCUCCAAAGACUGUAAGCAUUCUCCACUUGGUUUCCACCAAUUCGUUUCUUGCCUUUGUGAACACUAGAAAUUAAGUUAGUAGCCUAUGGCAUUGCCAAUAUAUUUAACUUGAUUAAAUGUAUUUAAAAAGUUGGUUAUUCCUCCUUGUAGGCUACUUGCAAAUAAUUCAUUGAAUGGCUCAAUUUCAUCCUCCCUUUGGCAAAACAGGACUCCAAAUGCAAUAAAGAGUAAUCUUACAA